CGUAGGAGGAUAAUUGUCCUCGCUACUACGGGUUUCAGGUUUUCCAAAUGUAGAAGAAGAAAGUGUUAAUUUUCACCUGCAUACAUUCGCAGACAUUGUUUGCAUCAAACAUUUGCGGACAAACAUCAGCUGUGCGCACUAGGUAUGAAUAUGUAUUGAUUGGCAAUUAAUAUUUUCAUACUUGGUUGGCAAGGCAACCGUCAAAUGAACUGAACCAAACCUUAUAAAAUGGAGGAUACAGAAGCAACAGAACCACAAAAAAAGCCCACAAAGCGAAAGGCAAGAAAUCAGUCAGAAUGGAAACGAGAGAAAAGAAAACGGUCUAUAAUUGCCGGAGAACCACAUGUGACUGUCAGAGGAGAGAUGACAGAACAGAAGAAGAUUGGUUCUGAUUGCCUCUGUAAGCUGAAAUGUUAUGAAAAAAUUGAUGGGAAAACUAGACAAAUGCUUUUCGAUGGUUUUUAUUCGUUGAAAACAUAUGAUGAACAGAAUGCUUAUUUAUUUGGGUUAAUCAGAAAACAUGACGUUAAAAGAAAGAAAAAUGCUGCUUCGGACAGAAGAACGUGUACUUAUAAGUACUAUAUACGUUAUAGGGGACAAGAAACACAGGUCUGCAAAUUGGCUUUUGCACAUAUUCAUGCGGUGUCUUUCAGAAAAAUUAGAACACUGAGUGAAAAACUGGAUCAGAACAUACUAUUUCCCAGAGAUGGUCGUGGGAAACAUGAUAACAGGCCCACAAAAAUUCCCCAGGAGACAAAAGACUUGAUUAAAAAUCACCUGUUUAAUGUAAUAAAAUCAAAUGAUUUGAAAAGCUUUAUGAAAGAAGACAAAAACAGACAAAUGGUGCCAGAACUGAAUGUGGCUAAGCUGUAUCUUCAUUUCCUUCGAAUAUAUGAAUGUGAAGCUUUGAACCCACAAACUGGACAGCUAAUUCCGGGUUACAUUCCGAAAGUGAAGAGCUGGUUGUACCGCAAAGUAUUCCACGAAGAAGUGAAGUCGAAGGAUUUCCAGACUUUGAAGAAGAAGUUAGACAUCUUCAAUGAGAGCCAUAUUCACAAGAUGGAUGAGAUGGAUCUUGCAGCUAAGGACAGGAACCCUAAAAAGUCAAGAAGAAAGGGAACUGCAAAGAAACUUUCCUUGGUUGAAAAUGCAAUGGUAUCUAGUGAUCAUAACUCAGCUGCUAAAGCAGCUGAAGCACUCAUGUUCCAGCAGAAAACUGCUGGUUUGGGCUGUUCUAAUGUUCAUUUCCCUAUUGCUCCUAACUAUAACACCCAGGGUACACCAACAGUUCAAAAUAUUCAGUUACAGGUACAAAGAAACAUAGUAGAAACUGCUAAACAUCAUCAGCCAAUGCAGAAUCAACCUCCAACCUUAUCAGUGUCACAGUCCAUGAAUCCUCAUCAAGCCCAUUCAGAUUCAUCUGGCCAUCAUCAUUCCUCACAAGAAUUUCCAAAUGCUCAUUACCACUUCUUAGCAGGAAGACCUGGGAAGGAACCUGUAGGCAUAGGAAAUCGUACCAUGACACUUUUGCAGCAUUCCAUCAAUCCUCAAACAAUUGGUGCCAUCUCUCAUCACCAUCCAAUGACAACAUUCACUGGAAGCAUGAAUGAUCCUUUACAACGUGUUAGAAACUCUGCACAAAGUCAGCACUAUGGGGCAGCCACUGGGCUGAUGCAUUCAGCUGAUGCAAAUCAGCAGUUGGAUUUGUCUGUUAAUGAUAUGACAAAUGCAUUCUAUUCAUAAAAUGUAUCAAUGUUAUUUGUUUUAUCGUGACAUCGUUUGGUAGAUUUUAGUACUGUGUAUUCAUAUGGAUUCAGUAUGCAGUGCAAAUUUUUUUAAAAACUUUUAAAGUGCUUCUUAGUUUUAUCUACCUUUUAGACAUGUGAUUAAUAACAUGACCUUUUUAAUUGACAGCUGUCAUUGCAUGAAUAUUAAAUAAAGAUGAAUAAAUGCAAUUAUGUGUGA